AUGUGGUCUGUGUCUGGUCCUCUGGAUUUGCUGAAUUUGCCUGACCUUCACAAAGUGAGCUUUAUAUUCGAAGCAAGAAGGUUUUUUGCGCAUGAACAUGCGUUAUAUCCACCGAAGUUGCUGCCCAUUCAUCUCCCGUCCAUGCACCAUCGCCCAGGGAAGACCGCACUGAAAUAUGCGAGCCAAAUAGAGGGUGGCAUACACUCCCUAUGCGGAUUUUGUCGAGAGCGUUUCUUUAGUGGCGAUGAAUUGUACCCUCACAUGCGAGAGAAGCACGAGGAGUGUUUUCUCUGUAAGCGAAAUGAAGUUAGAGAUCAAUAUUUCAUCAACUACGAGAGUUUAGAAAGGCACUUCAACAGCAUUCACCAUCCUUGCACACAAAAAGAGUGCCAAGCUCAAAAUUUCGUCGUUUUCAACUCCCCAUUGGACCUCAGAGCUCACAUGGUAGAAGUCCACGGAGGAAGACAUGAGUUCACGAGACAAAAAGGACGCUAG